AUUCAGCACCAGAAAACAACUCCUAGAAGAACAUAUGAAAACCAUUUGUUCUAAAAUAACAUUUUUCCAAAACAAGAUGUCAACGCAGGGCUGUACUUACAAAGCGUUCACCAAUACCAUUGGUUUAAUGAAGAAAGAUGUAGGUUUUCAGAGGGAAAGAUUUAAGGCAGAAGUAGAUUCUGUCGUGGAUGCAUUGCUGGCUGAAUUAUCAGUAAUAGAAAAAGAGGAAGCAACCACGUACCAGAAAGAUUACCAACAUUCAGAGAAAAACAUCGGAGAGCUGACGCGUCUGCUUGCAACAGUGGAAAUGACUGAUACAUGGUGUAUGUCAAUGAUUGAAACAGAAAUGUCAUUGCGGACGACUCUACCCUCGUAUGAUGUUAAUGUGGAAGAUGCUGUACCCAAACUACCCAGCUUUGUUACUGGACAUAUCAACCGUUUGUUGGUGGCAAAAAUGGUAGGUGAGCUAAAUCACCAGAACCAGUACCAAAAGAUAGAAAUCGGCAGUAGACCUGUUCAACCCCUUUCAAAGUUCACUGUUCAUCAGCAAAAUCACAUAUUGGGUAUAUGUCCUGUCGACAACUAUCAUGCGUGGUUAUCAAUACAUCAAUACAAGGGUCUUGUUCUUGUUAACAGAGAGGGCAUUGUCUCAGAAACGAUAGAGCUGGACUUUUGUCCUUACAGAAUCGCAAUGGUCGGAAUGACAAGCAUACUCAUGACCAGUUUUCCACUCAGCUCAUGUGUGUAUAAACUUUCACUACUUAACAAACAAGUGACAACAUUUUCAGACAUCAGACUUUGUAAGGUAAAUGACAUAAGCAUCAACAGAUCGGAUGCUGUGUUCGUUAUGACAGAUACAUCUGAGGUUGUGGUGCUGAAUCCGUUAGGUACGAUUGUGAGGAGUUUCCGGUGUGGAAUUAAUGGGUAGCAGAUUGCAUGUUUGUCGUCAGGAGACAUUGCAGUGUCGGACAUGAGUAUGGUAUUAAUAUUAGCGGUCAAAUCUGGAACAACCAAAUAUCAAUGGACUGGUGAACUCAACA